UAUUUAUAAAGUUGCCAAGAAGGGGUCGGGGUCCCGUUUUGUCAUCUGAAUCAUCAGAUUCGUUGUGUUGGUAGCUUUCCAAGUAUGUGAUGAUUUUGCUCAACGGGACUCCGUCGAUUGCAUUUGCCAGUACAGAAGAGCCAGCUGUGUAUGGAGAACUGAUCUCCAUUGGGGGCAUUGGACCGGGUGUUAACGGCAAACUGAGUUCAACCAUUGCAGAAGUUCUGGAAACUAAGCUCUCCAUUGAUAGCUCCCGCUUGUAUGUCAAAUUUUACGACGUUGAGCAACGGUCCUUCUUCGGGUUCAACGGCUCAACAUUUUGAUCACCGCUCUUCUUUUGGUAAUAUUUUCAUCAAGUUCUGAAUGCUUAUGCUGGCAAAUGGCCUUGUUAGUUGUUUCAUCCCUCAGUUGCAAUUUUGUUCUUUUAUUAUAUCAAAGAAGUCUUCGUGUUUAAAAAUUCAAACGACGAUAUACCUAUUACCAAAGCAUAGAGGAUGCGCUCACGUGCGUUUUUAAAUUUUUUUCACAUUUUUCGCAAAUUGUAAAUUAACUAUUAUGAAUUUUUUUAAUGUGCUUUGGUACUUUUAAAUUGCUUUGGUGUUUUAAUCUU